AUGCUAUGCCUGUGUGCGAGUGCGUGUGCGUGCGUGUGUGUGUGUGUGUGUGAGCGUGUGUGUUUUUGGAUUUCAUACUAAUUGUCUGGAGUUUCUGCCCCUGCUCUGCGUCAGCCCUCACGUCACUUCGCCAGCAGUAGCAGAGGCGGCGGCGGCCGCCGGUUAGAGCCCAGUCGCUGCUUCAGCUGCUGUUGCUGCUUCUGCGGCGCUCUGCUCCCUGCGCUGGCUACGGGAGGCCGGGGGAGCCGCGCCGACAGUCCUCAGUGGCCCGGGCCGGCACUGUCCUGCUACCGCAGUUGCUCCCCAGCCCUGAGGUGCGCACCGAUAUCGAUAUCCGUGCCGGUUUAGCGGUUCUGCGACCCAAAGAGUCCAGGGAGAUCCACCGAGUGGCGCCUGGCGUAUAGGACCAUGCAGCCGCCUUGUGGCUUGGAGCAGAGGCCCGUGAUGUCCCAGCCACUGUGAACCAUUUGGUCAGCGCCAACCUGCUCAGCCCCAGCACCGACAGGCUCAGCCUCUGGUACGCUCCUCUCCGCGGGAGGCCACCAGCACCAAGCAGCAAGAGGGCGCAGGGAAGGCCUCCCCCCUCCGGCGGGGGACGCCUGGCUCAGCGUAGGGACACGCACUCUGACUGACUGGCACUGGCAGCUCGGGAUGUCGCCCUGGCCGAGGUGGCAUGGACCCGCCAUGGCGCGGCUCUGGGGCUUAUGCUUGCUGCUCUUGGGCUUCUGGAGGGCCUCUCUCGCCUGCCCCAUGUCCUGCAAAUGCAGCACCACUAGGAUUUGGUGUACUGAGCCUUCUCCUGGCAUCGUGGCAUUUCCGAGGUUGGAACCUAACAGCAUUGACCCAGAGAACAUCACCGAAAUUCUCAUUGCAAACCAGAAAAGGUUAGAAAUCAUCAAUGAAGAUGACGUCGAAGCUUACGUGGGGCUGAAAAACCUUACAAUUGUGGAUUCCGGCUUAAAGUUUGUGGCUUACAAGGCGUUUCUGAAGAACGGCAACCUGCGGCACAUCAAUUUCACGCGAAACAAGCUGACGAGUUUGUCCAGGAGACAUUUCCGCCACCUUGACUUGUCUGACCUGAUCCUGACGGGUAAUCCAUUCACGUGUUCCUGUGACAUCAUGUGGCUCAAGACCCUCCAGGAGACGAAAUCCAGCCCCGACACUCAGGAUUUGUAUUGCCUCAAUGAGAGCAGCAAGAAUACCCCUCUGGCGAACCUGCAGAUUCCCAACUGUGGUCUGCCGUCUGCACGUCUGGCCGCUCCUAACCUCACAGUGGAGGAAGGGAAGUCUGUGACCAUUUCCUGCAGCGUCGGGGGUGACCCGCUCCCCACCUUGUACUGGGACGUUGGGAAUUUGGUUUCCAAACACAUGAAUGAAACAAGCCACACACAGGGCUCCUUAAGGAUAACAAACAUUUCAUCGGAUGACAGUGGGAAGCAAAUCUCUUGUGUGGCAGAAAACCUGGUCGGAGAAGAUCAAGACUCUGUGAACCUCACUGUGCAUUUUGCACCAACCAUCACAUUUCUCGAAUCUCCAACCUCAGACCACCACUGGUGCAUCCCAUUCACUGUGAGAGGCAACCCCAAGCCAGCACUUCAGUGGUUCUACAACGGAGCCAUACUGAAUGAAUCCAAGUACAUCUGUACCAAAAUACACGUCACCAAUCACACGGAGUACCACGGCUGCCUCCAGCUGGAUAACCCCACUCAUAUGAAUAACGGAGAUUACACCCUAAUGGCCAAGAACGAGUAUGGGAAGGAUGAGAGACAGAUUUCUGCUCACUUCAUGGGCCGGCCUGGAGUUGACUACGAGACAAACCCAAAUUACCCUGAAGUCCUCUAUGAAGACUGGACCACGCCAACUGACAUCGGGGAUACUACGAACAAAAGUAAUGAGAUCCCCUCCACGGAUGUUGCUGACCAAACCAAUCGGGAGCAUCUUUCGGUCUAUGCCGUGGUGGUGAUUGCCUCUGUGGUAGGAUUCUGCCUGCUGGUGAUGCUGCUUCUGCUCAAGUUGGCGAGACAUUCCAAGUUUGGCAUGAAAGGUUUUGUUUUGUUUCAUAAGAUCCCCCUGGAUGGGUAGCUGAGAUAAAGGAAAGACGAGGCUGGGGCUGUGCUGCUUGGUGCUUGGCGCCCCGUGAGCUGAACUCCUGGGACUACUGUUGCCUAUCCCAGGAAGUGCUGCUUAUUUGGGGGUGUCUGGUGGAAAUGGGUGUUCUCCAAAGAUGUCCGCAGCCUGCUUGUUGUGAGCUGUGACUGGGGAACCCCAAGGCAGAGGCAGGGGUCAGGCAGCUGAGAAGCAGCGGAAGAACACACUUAGAUUCAUCUUUUGUUCUUACGAUAGCUCAAAUAUAGAAUCAAAGUGAAAUCUCAUUGGAUUGUGCCUCUCUAAUGAAAAAUGUGCUGUUUGACUAUAUGGGAAAUGUGCUGACAUUAAUUGCUUCUGUUUAUUAAAGGUGAUUUGCAAAUUAAAAACUAUGCACCUAUCAUCUAUCAUCUAUCUAUUAUCUAUCUAUCUAUCUAUCUAUCUAUCUAUCUAUCUAUCUAUCUGUCAUCUAUCUACCUAUCAUCUGUCUGUCUGUCUGUCUGUCUGUCUAUCUAUCUAUCUAUCUAUCUAUCUAUCUUCUAUCUAUCAUCUAUAUCUAUCUAUCUAUCUGUCUGUCUGUCUGUCUGUCUGUCUAUCAUCUAUCUAAAGUCAUAGCUAGGACUUAGCGCACACUAAAAGUCUAAUCCACACAUAACAACCAUUUCAGCAACAUUUUCUGUUCUCUAACCCAUGCUGACGUCUGCGAUUCCACCUACAACCUAACGACUAACAGAGUCAAGGGCACAUUUGUGGUGCCAUUUCUAGGUUCUUUGUUUUGCUGGCAGCAAAGACCCAAACUCUUACCUUAAGUGUCAGAGCACAUAAAGCUAACGGUUGCUUUAAAGUCUAUGCGGCAGGUAGGAUGGAGCCGCACCAAGGACUGUGUGGCCAGGAGUGUGGACUUGAACCAACCACGCUCUGAGAAUAACCAAUGGUAGGGUUUAUGCAUAUAGGGAAUUAAAAUCUUGACCCUUCCCAUUGCUCUCUGGGAACCACCUGCCCUUUAGAACUUUGCCUAGCAAGAAGGGCCUCACAUCUCAUGCUGUUUGAAUUACAGAGCUGCAGUUUCUCCAGUGUGAAUAGGCCUGCAAGCUGAGCUGCAGGCUGGCUGUGAGCGGGAGAGCAGUCUAAAGAUAGUCCCUGGAGCAUGCUGCCCUACCGCUGUGUCCUGACCCAGCAGCAAAGAGGUUGCGGGCAGCUAAUAAAUAUGUGCUUUAUAGUGUCCCUUCUCCUCGCUGGGAGCACGGCCUCCCCGCUAGCAAUCCCCAUGGCCCCCAACCACUCCCCACUUGAUUCUGACCCGAGCCCCUCUCUCUCGUUCACUUUGUCAUGGCCUUUGUGGGAUCUGUCCUAUCCGCACCAAGUGGCAACUUUGUCCAUUCCCUCACCCUCCCUUGAGCUCCCCUUCACAGCCAGGCUGGGAUAUUUCAUUUAAAAACCACACAGCUCUGUCACACCUAGAGCAUAGCUAGAGUGGAAACUUAUUAACAUUCCUUUCUGAAAAGGUAGUUUAUCUUUAGGGAUUUAUAGGUUUUUCUCUUAACAGUCCCAGCGUGUUUGGGAACUAGUUCGAAUCCUCCGGAAAGCAGGUUCAUCAAUCUUAAUAAACCAGAACCCAUUUAGGCCUCGCUUGACAGAAGGCAAAUACUGUAGUAUUUUUGUAAGGCUGUGGAUCGUAGUGUUUGCGUUGGCCGUCCACGCUGUGCCUGAGAGGGCCAGUCACUCCCACUGACCUCUCAGAGGCUUUGUCUCCGGGUGCACGGUGGGUCUCAGCACAGAGGGCUCCCGGUUUGCUGCAGAUAAGUGACAGCUCCUGUCACUACUGAGAUUUCUGUCUUUCCCAAAGGUGUUGACUUACCAAGAGGCCAGCUAAUAGCAGAAAUCUUGACCCCUGAAAGGAAAAUGACAUUCAAACUGCCAGCCAGCCAGGGGCUCAGUGUGGCAAACCUCUUAAGUAUUGGCCAUUUGACACCAAAGGAAAAGAAAAAAAUCCCCCAAAACAAAACAAACAAACAAAAAAACCCCAACCCCUCCAACAAUUUAAGCUUCUAUUUUAUUCCAUGGAGCCACAAGAGGAUUACGGAUUAUUUAAAGAUUAUUUUAUAAGUUUCUCAGACCAGAGAGAAAGAAAGAAAAAGGGCAGUGAUCCCAGUUAACAGCGAGAAGAAAUGUAGGGUAAUCUUUUUAUUUUGAGAUAUAAAGAGGUGGGCAGAUAAGGAGAUUUAGCAUCCAAUGCCACUGGGCAUCUUCCAGGGACGGAGAGCGCAGCGGGCUUUUAGAAGGUUGUUUCUCGAGGCUCCUGUUUUCUUUGCCUUUCCUCUUAUUUUUUUUAAGCCCCCAGGACUGCCGUCAGCAACACGGCUUUUCUUUCCCAUGGUCUUCCUAUUAUCCUUGGCUUUCUUUGAUCCCCCCCAAGAAGAAAUCUGCUCUUUGAGGAUUCACAAUGGCGUGAAUUUUAUUUUUACAGCAUCGGGAAGGGAGAAGGGAAACUCCUUUUUUCGCUGGAGCUAGGUCUGUGGAUCUCUGACAGGAAUCGGCACUGCUGUGCCAGGCAAGUGUCCUACACACACAGUGGGCCAGGUGAGCCAGCACCUGCCUAAACCCCAGGAGCAGCUGUCAGGCAGCCAACCGUGUCCCCUGUCCCAGGGGAUGAGGACCCACGUCUCCGAAUCUUAUUCUCUAAGGAAUAUGUGGAACCUGGAUUUUUUACAUGAAAUAUUCCUAUUUUUAAAAAGUUGGCACGGUUAUUUUUAAAACAUUAUGUAGGCCAACAAAGCCUGCCUAUGGGCCGCCAGUCUGUUCCUUCUGUCUUAGAGAGAGCCAUUGUUCCCCAACUGUAUCUGUCUGUCUUUCCCUGCGAGCUCUCGUUCUCCCUGCCUACCCCUGACAGCCGCACCUAAGCAAGUUCUGCCAUGAACUUCAGCAGCCUGAAGACUCAGGACUGUCUGUCACCCUGUGCCUCCCACCUAGCUGGGACCUCAGGCCCUGUCACCUUGAUGGCUUGUUCUUACAGUCUUGUCUUCUCUCCAUUCUCCAAGCACAGAGCUAUUCUGGAUCCUAGUAAGUACUUUCCUCUGUUCUUUCCCUUUUCUCCAAGCUCCAUGUCUUCUGGACUCUUUAGAGAGCAGAACGAGAUGAAAAAAAAUCCCCCCUGUCCCAUCUUCAUGGUGUCCUUAGUAGGCUGAUGACCCUGGGUAGCUAGAAAACAUCACCUCAAAGAGAUAUGGUUCCUUGGCUUGUUGACCCACUGUGGUUGGGUCUCUGAGGCUCUCUCAGGCAGCUGAGAUGGAGUGAGAAACACCUUCUGACACCACAAGAUAUCAGCCAACAUACAGACAGUCCUAAGGCUGAAGAGGGCUGUCUCCCAGCAGGAGACAUGGACCCCAGUAUGUGUUAGGAUCAGUUCAACAGUUCCACUUCCCACUUCUCCAGUCUCAACAGCUCCCCACCCCCAUACCCAGCAAAGAGAACCAGCACAUUCUGUCUUCAUCUCGGCCCUCUCCUCUUCAGGGUCCUGGACUAAGCUCAGAAUGGCUAGUCUUGAAACUUACACAGCGGCUUGCAGAGUAACUGGCCGAGAGAGAGCAGGUGACCGAAAUGCAGCUUCAGGGCAUGCUGGACACAAGAGCCCAGGGCAGGGCGCUUACUUACUCCUGCUCCCCUCCCCCAUCCCAGCUCUCUAAACCGACCCCAUGACUGAGAAUGAGACCCUAUGAGAACGAGACCCUAUGAGACCGAGAAUGUUUUCUGGUUUUGCUGGCCGCUUCGCCUAAUUAUAACACACUCAGCUUCUUUCUCCCUCUCGCAAACUAGAAUCUCAAGCCCAAGCCCGUGCUGACUUCUCCCCAUGAGGGGGUGAUUCACACCUCCACCUGCUUUGAUGCAUGCUGUCUAGAAUCCCUCCCUCUGCUUUGAUCUCAUUCGUUCACACUCUAAUUGAAACCCACUUCCUCUUGUUUGGUCUAGACUGGAGAUUCACGGGGAGGGCUCUGUUGAAGGGGAGCUAUUCCAUACAACAGGGAGCUCUAGAGGUGGCUUCCUCCAGCUGUGUGGGCUGCACCAGCCCCUCUGCUUUGUGAUGACAGAGCUCCUGGGAUCCUGUAGCUCAGCAGAUCUGACUGCAAGGAACCUGGAGCAGAAGUUGCCACUGAGAACAUUCUGCCCCUCUCGCUCGCAUCCCUCAGUACUCAGCAGUCUGUCAAGUUUACCUAAGGGCACCUGGGACAGCCCAGGACUCUCCCGAAUUUAAAUUGCUUUGGGGCGGAUGCUGCCAGGCUUCAGUUAAGUUGACAGAAUUCCCAGCCCAGAAAGUUAUCUGGCAGUUUCUACUUGAGAGGCAGCUUCCCAGUGCGGAUAACCAUUUUCCCCCGUUCUGGUCUCAGGGACAAAGGGACCUCCCAGCUAUUCGAGCACAGCAUAGAUCAUUCCCCUCACACGUCUAGUCUGGACUCAUGCUUCAGGCUACCCAGCGAUAGGGAGGCAACUCCCAACCCCACACUACAAACCACUCUCUGUGUUCAGAGCCUUCGCUUCCGUGGGGGGAGAAAAAGGUACAAGAAGCAAAGAACCAGAAUCCUCUCACCAGCUUAAGUUAGCCAAUGCAUCGGUGAACUCACAAAUAUGAAGUAGCCAGAAAUUCUCGAGAAAGACACAUCCCCGGGUUUCAUCCCUGUCGGGUCCAGAUCCAUCUGCUGGAAUCCAGGGGCAGCUCAUGACUCACUUUUGUGCCUUUUUCCCCCUAUAAUAUUCUGGGUUUUCAAGUCUCUUUUUCCACAUUUCCUGUAAACAAUGCAUCCUUCCCUCUCUUUUUAAAGAGAUUUUACUUUUAAGUGCUGUUUUAACAAUGUGGCUAGACUAUAAAUGUACUUGCUGAAUUCAUCCAUUUCUUUAACAAGCCAAUAAAGUUUUAUAAUUCAU